AUGGCGGACGGCCCCGGCCCCGCCGCGGGGGUCGUAGGGCGCAUGCCGCCGGCCUCUUCCGCCGCCCCGGACCCGCACCGGCUCUUCGAGGACACGAGCGCCGCCCGCCCGAGCGUGCCCGGAGGGAGCCCCGCCAAUGCCGCCUCCCUCUCCGGCCCCCCGGGCCCCUUCCUGCCGGACCCGGUCUCUAGCCUCGCCGCCGCCUACGGGAGCAGCCUGGCCACCCAAGGGAAGGAGCUGGUGGACCGGAACAUCGAUCGCUUCAUCCCCGUGACCAAGCUGAAAUACUACUUUGCGGUGGACACGGUCUACGUGGGCAAGAAACUGGGGCUGCUUCUCUUCCCUUUCCUGCACGAGGACUGGCAGGUGCAGUACCAGCAGGACAUCCCCGUGGCACCACGCUUCGAUGUCAAUGCCCCCGACCUCUAUAUUCCAGUCAUGGCGUUCAUCACCUACAUUCUGGUGGCAGGACUGGCGAUGGGAACACAGAACAGGUUCUCCCCGGACCUGCUGGGCUUGCAGGCGAGCUCAGCCCUGGCAUGGCUCAUCGUUGAGGUCUUGGCCAUCCUCCUCAGCCUCUACCUCGUGACGGUCAACACUGAUUUGUCCACCAUAGAUUUGGUCGCCUUCUCAGGGUACAAGUAUGUGGGGAUGAUUGUGGGCCUUCUGGCUGGGCUGCUCUUUGGAAAGACUGGUUAUUACCUGCUGCUGAGUUGGUGCUGUCUCACGAUUGUGGUGUUCAUGAUCCGGACGCUGCGCUUGAAGAUCCUGUCGGAAGCGGCGGCAGAAGGCGUGCUGGUGCGGGGCACCAGGAACCAGCUCCGCAUGUACCUGACCAUGGCUGUGGCUGGCCUGCAGCCGCUCCUCAUGUACUGGCUCACCUUCCAUCUCAUCUACUGACAGUUCCUUUGGGGGCUGACCUGCUCCUCGGUCCACUGACUGCUCAUCCCGGUGCAGCCAGGCUGGGAACAGAAGUGGUCCUGGGCACCUGCCACUCCAGCCAGACCACCGUGCUCUCUUGUGUAUGUUGGCAUGUGGGGAGGACCUAUGGGCAGCGGGGAGUGUAUCUGUUACGUCUGUGGGUAGGUGGGAAGGAGGUGGCAUGUGAGCAAGCAUGCAUGUGGGAAGCAGGCAUCUCUGGUGUAGCCACCCCUUGUUUCAAGAAAAGAGGGAGCAAGUGGUGCCUACCUUGCUCCCUUAGCUGUGGCUUGCCCCCUCUGCAUGCAGAACACGCACCCUCCCGGGGCUGGCUUACUGGGCACGCCUCCCAUUUGGUUAAACCACCUAUGUAGCCACUGCUCCCACCUUCAGGACCGCUCUUGAGCCUAUCUUAAGUACCUACUUGUGAGUGACUCAGUAUUAUUACAGUCAGGAAGGUGACUCAGUAUUACUACAGUGGGGAGACAUUGGGGGUGUGGGGUAGAGGGGAACCGAUCUGCCCUCCCUUAGCCCUUAAAAAGUGCUUGCUUCUCUGUUCACUGUUAAGGCCUCCUCCUGUGCUGUGCCCACAACAAGCAAAAUAAAAAGGUAAAAGCUGCA